CUCCCAACUACGUUAGUCCUUCCCCACACGAUCGACGCAAACUUAUUUCAUUGCCCAAGACAACAUCAAAGACAACAGCAUCCUCAUUGUAGCCAUGUACGCAGACAUCACGAAAUCUCCUGGGCCGUUGCCACACGCUCAGCCCCAGUUUGUCGCUGAGGGCAUUACCCUACUCGCACCGCUCACACGUCGAGGUCAUGGCCCAGGGCUCAUCAUUCUGCAACAAGACUCGGAGAAUAAUCUAGAGAUACUCGACGGAGUCCCUUCUGCUCUCCUCAAAUGGGCCGAAGAAGGCUAUGUGGUGGCAGAAAUCCAAACCAGGGCGUUCAAGAGAGACCCCGGGGACGUGCUUGGAGAUGCCAUGCGAGCGUUACUGAGCUGUAAUAAGCUCGAACCCGAGAGCAAGGCCGGAGUCGUGUCGUAUGACCCCGAGCUGUGGCAGCUGAUAGCUGGUGCGAUUGACACUUGGCCAACACUUGUUGGUGCUGUGAUAUAUGCAAAUGCCGCCGAUGUUGGCAGUCUCAAGAAGGCCCAAGUCCCCGUGUUGUGCCACAUAGCGGGUGCUACGACUUCUUCCGCUGAGGAACCCGCUGGCGUGACCACGUACUCUUACGCCAAGGCCAAGUCCUUUCGACUGGCCACGCCGUUUGGCGAGGACUUUGACUACUGGGCAGAAUCCUUAUCCCACACAAGAAACCUGAAGUUUCUGAAGCCACUUGUCGGUGGGCCCUACUUCAAUCUUGAGCAUAUAUGGGACGAGCACACGUACUACGAGUUUGCGGACCGCUCGGUUGAGCAUACGAUGAGUACGAUGGUUGAUCAGCCAUAUGUGAAUCAUAUACCUACUCUUACCGGUGGGAUUGGGCGCGAGUCAUUGACCAAAUUCUAUCGAAUCAACUUUAUCUUUAAGAACUCGGAGGAUGCGGAGCUUGAACUCAUUAGCCGGACGAUCGGCAUCGACCGUGUUGUUGAUGAGUUCAUCUACAAGUUUACGCACGACUCCGUUAUUGACUGGCUUCUCCCUGGUGUCCCGCCGACAUUUAAGAAGGUAGAGGUGCCGUUCACAGCCGUUGUCAAUAUUCGUGGGGACAGGCUUUAUCACGAGCACAUAGGAUGGGACCAAGGCACGGUGCUUGUUCAGUUGGGCCUCCUGCCCAAAUACCUUCCAUUCCCUUAUCCGAUCCAGGGCAGUAAGGAGGGGGCGUCUUUUGAAUAUCGAGUACCAGUGACGGGCAUUGACACAGUCAGAAAGAUGAGGGACCGUAACUCUGUUGUCUCGAACGACAUGUUUAAAUACUGCGUUCGUCAGAUAUAGAUUAACACAUGCUUUGAUAAGAU